AAGUUCAUUUUCAAAGGAAAAUCUAGAGCCCAUGAAUUUAAAACAGUAAUUUAAAGGAAAAUCUGGCAACAUCGGUAAUUUGUUUAGCUUCAGAGGGUUUAGAGAGGGGUUUUAGCUCGGAGUCACAGAAAACAGGUUCCUCCACUAAGCUUGUCAAUGGCAGUUCUCAGUUCCUACUUGAACUAAGCCAAACUAGGAUACGAUUCGUCAACCCCCAUUUUGCCAUCAGCAUCCCAACGUCAUACUAGUUCCAUUAUUGGUACCCAUGUUGAAGGUUCUGACAUCCUCAUGUCGUUUCCACGCGGCGUUUACCCCUCAAGUUCGGCGUGGCACUGAGUCGAAUACGCCAUUGCUUCAGGUUUUGGUUUCGCUAAGAUGUUCAAGCCCCUAUUUGUAUCGGCGAUUCUUUUGUUUGGAUUCUACUGAUGGGUCCGAACUGAAUUCCGAGGCCAGGCAGGCUGAAGGCGAAAGAGAAGGUGGAAAUGCUGAUUCAAAGGCUUCUGCAGCUAUUGUUCCCACUGUAUUUAGGCCUGAAGAUUGCCUAACGGUUCUAGCAUUGCCACUUCCUCACAGACCAUUAUUUCCAGGGGUUUAUAUGCCUAUUUAUGUGAAGGAUCCGAAGGUUUUAGCAGCCUUGGUGGAAAGUCGAAAAAGGCAAGCACCUUAUGCUGGUGCUUUCCUUCUGAAAGAAGAUCAAGGGACUGAUCCUAAUGUUGUGUCUGCAUCAGAUACAGAAAAAAACAUCUGUGAGCUCAAAGGAAAAGACUUAUUUAGCCGUCUUCAUGAAGUUGGUACACUUGCUCAGAUAACAAGUAUUCAAGGAGACCAGGUUAUUCUUAUUGGUCACAGGCGAAUACGUAUGACAGAGGUGGUCAGUGAGGAACCCCUUACAGUGAAAGUUGAUCAUCUCAAGGAGCAGCCGUACAACAAGGACGACGAUGUUAUAAAGGCGACAUCUUUUGAAGUUCUAUCAACCCUACGAGAUGUUUUGAAGACAAGUUCUCUUUGGAAAGAUCAUGUUCAAACUUAUAUCCAGGAAGAUCGUUGUUUGUCUUGGUGGUACUCAAAGCAAUGACUAGAUUCUCUGCCUUAUAUUUGGGUGCCCUACUGAAAGAGGAGACUAAUUAAAAGAUGUUAAGACGGUUAGGAACUGCAAGUUGAUACAUGUGGAUUUGGUUGUCAGAACAAACUGUGUAAGAUGUCUUGGGAGCUGGGAAGUUUGUACGUAUGGAGAAGCUCCUCCUGUUGAAUUUCUAAAAGUGACAUUACUGAUUUGUCUUAUGAAAAGUGCAAACUUAAAAAAUAUUUUGUAGCUUGGUUCGCUGAAGAAGUGGAAUGGGAGGGCAAAGGGGCAGGGACUUAAUGCUA